AUGCCAGCGUUAGAAGAACUCGAUACGAAGAAUCUGAGAAAGAAACUACGAAAACGUAACCUUGAAUCGAAGGCAGUUUUGACGAACAGCCUAAAGGACGCUCUGGUAAUUGAAGGUAACGAACUAGAUGACUUUGACUUUCCGGAUUUUAUGGAAAAACCGAAACAGCAGUAUACCAAAUUAAAAGCCGAUUGUAAUAGAAGAUUUGAUCAACAGGCAGAAAAACUAAACGAGAUUGACCGGGAACUUAACGAUAAGAUCGACCAGCAAUCAAAAGAUAUCAGAACUAAACGACAGAUUUGA